AUGUCGCCCUUGAACAGGACAGCAGCCUCGAGGCUUUUCGCCCUCGCCUCGAGACCCGCCUUCUCGCGCCAGGCUCCCCGUUUCGCCAGCAACCAGUCCUUCGUUGCUCCCAACUCGGCUGAGGUCGACAACAUCCAAUCCCGCGAUGAGCCUCCUUCGCCCGUCCACUUGACCAAGGGAGAGACCAAGGGAAGCGAGUCCGCCGUCGAGAACACACCCAGCCAUGCUCCCAACUACGGCGCUGCCGUCGACUACAGAACCUCAGCCUUCUCUCCCGUCCCCAAGCGUGUCAUGGAUGGUAGUGAGCCUACCGAGACCGUCGCUGCCGCCGUCGUGUCUGGCGCCCCUACCGACCUCCAAGCCCGUACCGUUCGCAUCUUCCGUCCCGCUAAGACCGCGACUCAAUCUGGCGAUUGGAAUGCUCACCACUGGCGCAUGGACUGGGAUGUGCUCAGCAAGGGCCACCGCUGGGAGAACCCUCUGAUGGGCUGGCAAUCAUCUGCCGACUACAUGCAGGGCACUCACCUCAACUUCAAGUCCAAGGACGAUGCCAUCAACUUUGCCAACAAGCAAGGUUACGAAUACUUUGUCCAGGAGCCCAACGAGCGCAGAAUCAUCCCCAAGGCUUAUGCCAACAACUUCAUGCACAGCCCAAAGAAGCUGAAGCACAUCCGUACCAAGUAG